GAGUGAAAGUUAUAGUCAGCUCAAUUGCUUUAAUAGCGUUUGUCAGAAAUAGGCUAGGGAGGUUUUUUAAUCUUGUAUGGCUUCCUAUCAAAUAACUAUAUACACAAAAUAUCGCGUAAAUAUGAACAUGUUUUUUUUUCUUCAGAAGCAUUAGUUUUGUUAUUGUGGGUGCUGAAGAUCAUCAUUUACAUUUUCGACACUUAAUUGUACGACAAAUUUUAAAUGGUAAUUAUGAACAAUAUGGUCUUCAACUGAGUGGUGAUAGAUAUGUUCAGCAGACACAUAUGGAAAGAGAUGGAACAUUCUCGACAGAAAAAGAAAUAUUUGCUGCUGCAGAUGUAUUCAAAUGCACAAUAACCAUUUAUCAAACUGACCAACAAAGAUGGUUAAACUUUAAACCU